CGUAUAUACGUGGUGGCGGACCACUUGCUGCAAACAAAGAAAACUGUUGGUACUAGAACCAAUAUAAUACGUAAAAACGUAUGCGGCUUCUUCACCUGCCAGACGGCGAAACCAAUUACAAGCCUUGCGAGCCCCGAGGACAUGGGAAGAAUCAUUCGCAGACGUGUUGGUCGUCUGGCGUAGAGUUCAACAAAGGCGAGGGAGCUGGCUGACCCUGAGGAAUACUACUGAGCUAUGGUCACUUCGAUGUCCCCGGUCAACUUGACCAGUCGGAUCAGCACGAUGUUUCAUACUGCCGUCCACAAGGACCACAAUAAAGAUAAAGGUAAUGGUGGAGAGAUCCAGUGGUGUUUUUCUCAAGUCAAGGGUACAAUAGAAGACGAAGUCACUGAAGCUGACAUUAUCUCAUGUGUUGAGUUCAACAGUGAUGGUGAACUAUUGGCGACUGGUGACAAAGGAGGACGUGUUGUCAUCUUCCAGCGUGAUAAAAUUGAAGAUGGAAUGCUACAUACCAAAGUGAACAUUCCAGGGUGUAAUCGUGGAGAGUACAAUGUGUACAGCACCUUCCAAAGUCAUGAGCCUGAGUUCGAUUACCUUAAAAGUCUGGAAAUUGAAGAAAAAAUUAAUAAAAUACGCUGGUUGAAACGGACAAAUAGAAAUCACUUUUUACUUUCAACAAAUGACAAGACUGUGAAACUGUGGAAAGUAGCAGAACGUGACAAGAAGCCAGAAGGGUACAACUUAAAGGAUGAAAAUGGUCUUAUGCGAGACCCGACUUCCAUUACAUCACUUCGAGUGCCAAACUUUGCACCCAUGGAAUUGAUGGUUGAAGCUAGUCCCAAGCGAGUAUUCUCCAAUGCUCAUACAUAUCAUAUCAAUUCCAUAUCGGUCAAUAGUGAUCAAGAAACAUACCUUUCUGCUGAUGACCUCAGGAUUAAUCUCUGGAAUUUGGAAAUAACAGACCAAAGUUUUAAUAUAGUCGAUAUCAAACCUGCAAACAUGGAAGAGCUGACAGAAGUAAUCACUGCGGCAGAAUUCCAUCCGAAGGAAUGUAACAUGUUUGUGUACAGCAGCAGUAAGGGCUCCAUCAGACUCUGUGAUAUGAGGCAGCAAGCGCUCUGCGAUCAGCACGCCAAAUGUAAGUUGUUUGAAGAACCAGAAGACCCAACCAAUCGCAGCUUCUUCUCGGAAAUUAUAUCUAGUAUAUCUGAUGUUAAGUUUAGUCACAAUGGUAGAUACAUGAUUACAAGAGAUUAUUUAUCUGUGAAAGUUUGGGACUUGCAUAUGGAGAAUAAGCCUGUGGAAACGUAUCAAGUUCAUGAAUAUCUCCGCAGCAAAUUGUGCUCUUUGUAUGAAAAUGACUGUAUAUUUGACAAGUUCGAAUGCUCAUGGAGUGGGGAUGACAGACACGUCAUGACUGGCUCCUAUAACAACUUCUUCCGAAUGUUUGACCGUGAUCAUAAAAAAGACUAUACUCUUGAGGCGUGUAGAGAAAACAUGAAGCCACGGACAGUUCUCAAACCACGUAAAGUUUGCACUGGAGGCAAGCGUAAAAAAGAUGAAAUUAGUGUGGAUUGCUUAGACUUCAAUAAAAAGAUUCUUCACACUGCGUGGCACCCAGCAGAAAACAUCAUCGCCAUUGCAGCAACGAAUAAUUUGUAUAUAUUUCACAGUAAAGAUUAGUGAACAUUUUAGUUAGUCUGGAGAGUAUUCAAAUUGGUGCCAGUCAUCCUUCGCUUGAGGGUUGCUCCGUGAACUUGUUUGGUGCAAGUAUAAAUCAAAUUAAUGCAGUCCGGUGGAAAUACUGUUUGUAUCAAGUUGCUAGUCCUCCCUAGAAGAGGUGGGGGUGGGGGGGAGAAUGUGUAAAGCUAUAUUGGCUCAUUAGUCGGUGGAAACCAGCUUGAGAAGAAAAUGUUUUGAACCAUGCUGUUGGUAUGUUUCACAGAACAACCUUGUUUAAAGUCUCUUUAGGUUGAGGUUGUGUUCCAUCUUCAAUCAUGCCUUCCAACAUUUCAACCUGCACAUUUCACCUGCGAAUUUGUAUCAAUAAACAUAUUUACCUUGGUGUGUACACUGGAUCAAUCAUAUAUAUAUAUAUAGUAGCUUUUCUUUUGAAUAACAAAAGCCACGUGGUUUCUUCUUCAAAUAACAAAACCAUUUGUGUUUUUGACAAAGAUAAUUUGACAACUCCAUAUUAAAGGAAUGGAAGGGUAUAAACGGACCUAAAAGUGCAUGAGAUACAAUGAAAAUGUAAUUUACUUUGGUCUUUUACCAAAGUCUUCAGUUAAUACAGUUGGGUUGUACUUUAAAAAUCCUACACUUGUUAAUUUUACACGUGCACACCUAAGUCGAGCAAUAAAAAUGAGUUGUGUUAAGUGGAGUAAUCUAAAAGUAUUGACCAGAGUACAGUGAAAUUAUUUAAUUUAAACUGUCGUAACCAUUUUUAUGCGGUAAAUUAACCAGUCCAGAAUUUGACAACUUAUUUUAAAAAGAGAAAUAAUUAGUAAAUAUAAUUCAAUAUUACUUUCUAUUACUACUGUAUAUUGUUAACAAUCGUAGCACCAGGACUGCCAGCUGUAUAAUGAAACCAGAUGUUUGUGCAUUAUCGUCACUGUAGCAUUCAUGAAGAUUUGCUAAAUCAUGAUGUAUAAUCUUUGUGCGAUGUGAUAAAUAAUUGUUAAUGAGAGAAAAUGAAAUCAGUAUUUCCAUUGUAGUACCAUGAUUUUGGUGAAAUUUAUUAGAAUAUAAAAAAGUAGGUCCGUUUCCUGAAUACUGGUGGUAACAUGUUUUGUGAAUAGGGAGGAACUAAAAAUAUAUAUAUAUAUAUUUUUUUUUUUUUUUUUUUUUUUUUUUUUAAAUCUGUUUGUAAAAAAAAUGUGUAGUUUGUAUUUCAGUGAAACUCUGUUGGCUCGAGUUCUGUAUUUCUCAAACCUCAUAUCAUAUACUUCACUCACUAACAGGCCUCGAAAUUCUUGUUUUCUAGAAUUCCAUCUUUUUAUUAUAGUGCUACCUGGGGAAAAAAUGUCUUUGAUCUGUGAAAAGCCCAUACUUUACAGGCUUCUUACAUCAAUUUCAAAAAGAAAAUCACAUAAAUACACAAAAUGCUGACUCGUUUAUUGUUGUAUAUCUUGUUGAUCCCUCGUUUCAAUUUGGUGUGAGACUGGACAUCAACAUAUGUUGCAUUGUUUACAGUUCAUAAGUAAAGCCUUGUUCAGUUCUUGGUUGUAUUUAUUUCACAGUACUUGACAUGAACCAUUCUAUUCACGUGGCAGUUGUGCAAACUGCCAAUGGUGAAUCAUCAUCUAUUCUGUUUACAAUAUUUGGAUAGGCCACACAAAUGAGAUUCACAUAAAAUAAUUUGUUACCUAGUGAACUUGCUCAUUACCUAAAAUUUUGAAAUUAUGUCCCGUUUUCAGUAAUAUCUGCAUAUGUUGUUGCUUUCAUUGAAAUGCCAUGAUGAGAACUGAUGCUGUAUACACAGAUUUUGGAGAUCUUGAUGUAUUGUGCCUUGAUAUAUUCAUAAUUAGGCUUAAUUCUCUAAAAUAUAGAUAUGUUAUAGCUAUUCUGAACACAAAUUCCGAGGCCUGUACGUAGUGACAUCACAUUGACUGAAAUUAAAAAAAAUAAAAAUAUUCCUGAGACAUUAUGUCACAACUCUGUUUUAUAGUCAACUUAGUAUUCUUCGAGUCGGUAAGUUGUGAAUCAUGUAUGUUGUACAACGCUGAAUUAAAAAAAAAAAAAUAGUG